AGGUACAAAAACGUGCCUUUUUAUAUUAGUAAAACGUCAAUAAUUAUUUUUGAGCCACAUUGGUAUAAAUCCCAACGAUAUUAAACACGGUGAAAGAACUGAUCGUUUGAAUCGUGUGGACCGAAUGACCGACCGGCCAAAGCCGACUAUAAUAAGUUUUGUUGCGCUUUCAUUUUGGUUAUUGAAAACAAUAUCUACAUAUAAAAGUCAACAUAACGCGCGCUAAAUAUAUUUAAGCCAAUAGUUUUUACAUGUCAAAUUGGAGAUUGGAGCAAUAGCAAUUGUAUCGGUUCGUAUAAAACAAACUGUACAAAAGUAAUAACAACAAAUGUACAGAAGAGAAAAUCAAUAUCAUACUUAAAAACUUUUGAAAAAUAUGGCAAAAGGUACAAGAACCCAACGCCAGAAUAGAAGCAAUGUUAUUAAAUAAUAUGAUGAUUCCUUCCUUAACAUCAAAGACGGGCACCCGAAUCGAAAUUAGAUGCGUUUCAGUGUUUGCAAAAUUGCGUAAUUUUAUUGUUGUUUGUACUGUGUGCGCUUAAAACGCAGAUAAUAAACAUACAUACAUACAUAUAAAGAUUCACUAAAGUUGUUAGGGCAAAGUUAAAGUGCGUGUUUGUUGAUUGUGCUGAAGUUGUGUAUGUGCGGCAAUCCCGGAGUAUUAAAAGCAUAACGACAACGCUAUGGCAGCUGCAACAGAUGGCUCUAGACAGGCGGCGGGCGCGACGCCUACAUCUGUACAGCGUGCGCCCAAUGCUAAAAACAAAUCACCAAAUUCAUCAGCAUCUACGUCGCCCAGUUUACCUGCCUCGGUUUCGCAUUUUUACUACAAACACGGAUUAUUUCUGUCAAGUUAUCCAACUUGCGCAUCCAGCAUUGCCGUAAUGGCGAUAUUGCUAUCAUGCUAUCCACUCAUAAAUAUACCUCUUCCUGGAACCAUUCCUACUAAGAUUGUUCUGCCCUAUGGAGGCCGAUUCUCACUUUUUGAUGAAACUCAAUUUUCUUCUGAACCGAAUCGAACGGUCCACAUCCUUUCACAGACCCAGAAGAACAGUAAUGCGGAUCAUCAAACUAAUGUGCCAUUUGAACCACUUCCAUGGGCGCAAAGUAGGCCGGCGCUCUACGUUCAACAGAUAACACUGCGGGCUAGUGUUUUACCUUGGAGCGAUGAUAUGCAGCUAAUGGAUGCAUUUCGUGCGCCGCUUUAUGAAGUUUUUAAAUUGCUUGAAAUUGUGCGCAAUCAUCAAAGUAGCGAGAACCAACGCACUUUGGAGCAUACCUGUUUGCAUGUGGAGAAUGUAAAGCGAAACGUGCAGCAACAGCAGGAGCUAAUCUUCCCUGAGUACGGUUGUUUGCUGCUCUCUCCGGCGAAUUUGUGGGCACAAAAUAUCCAAAACUUUACACAUGACACGAACAUAUUGAGCACAAUAUUUCAGUAUCAUAAUCUUCAAAAAUCUAAAGUCUCCACUGCAGAAAUGCUCUUUGGGUUACCCAUGCAAGAUACAGGAUUUAAGCGAUACCCGCUACGUGCCCGCUCUCGCAUUAUUCAAUAUGCACUUACAUUAAUGCUUAAGCAAAAUGAUGUGGAGUAUUUAGAAACGCUGAAGGAGAAGCUGCUGCUAUAUUAUCCUCCGCUUCAUGCCGAUGUAGAAGAACCGGAAUCCGUAAUCAAUGAGAGUACCAUUACGUAUAUUUUCUACCCAAGUGAAACAAAGAUUUGGGAGUUUUUGCCACUAUCAGUGGCAUUCUUGCUAGUAUUUUUUUACGUGUACUUCUCGGUUCGCAAGAUCGACGUUUUCAGAUCGCGCAUCGUGCUUGCACUGUGCAGUGUUUUGACUACUCUUGGAAGCCUGGCUAUGUCUCUGGGACUUUGCUUCUUUUUCGGUUUAACUAUAUCGUUACAAUCAAAGGAUAUUUUCCCAUACUUGGUGAUUCUUGUGGGCCUAGAAAACAGUUUGGUUAUAACAAAGAGUGUAGUGUCUAUUGACAAUACCUUUGAUGUAAAAAUUAGAGUCGCCCAGGCUCUCAGCAAGGAGGGUUGGCACAUCUCCAAGACACUGCUUACAGAGAUUACCAUCUUGACAAUUGGUUUGGCCACCUUUGUACCUGUUAUUCAAGAGUUUUGCGUAUUUGCCAUCGUCGGGCUGCUCUCGGAUUUUGUUUUGCAGAUGUUACUAUUCUCAACUAUUUUAGCCAUGAACAUCAAACGCACCGAAUACACAACAGAAGCCAAGCAUCUUCCUAAAAUUAUGCUUAGUUGUACACUAUCUGGCGCCCGGAAUGACUUUCAUUUCUUUGGCUCCCCACCCAAUGCCACAGGUGGAUUUUCACCGCAGCCUUUACCUUCGACACAGAUGCCAUUUGUAUCUGGAACCUUUAAGCGCUCACAGUCACAUCCAAAGCUGUGCUUUGCUGAUUUAAAAGUCGCUACGACCUCCGAUGUAAGCAAUCGUUCUCAAAUUGUUAACGGUCACUUAUCGCAGGAGCCGCGGAUACCCAAACGUAUUAAAAUAGUUAACUUCUGGGCCCGUACGCGUUUCUUUCAGCGCGCCUUUAUGGUUUGGAUGAGUGUAUGGAUCUGCUCGAUUGUGUACAAUUCCGGUUAUCUGGAGCAGUUGUUUACAAUACAAGCUAAUAGCACCACGCAUGCUGCCUACGAGCUGCAUCGCAAAUUACAGGCUGGACGUGGUGUUGUAAAAAACUUUUUCCACUCUCUUAAAACGGGCGAGCUGAUGGCAGACGGCAGCACAUCUUCAGGUAGUUACCCCACACCGCUGGAACCGCAGCAAAACGUUAAUGAUACAAUCGAGGAGCUGUUACGCUUACGCUAUCCAAAUUUCGAGUUAAAUUUCUUCUUAUCUAACUUUCACUGGUCAACCAUUAUGAAGCAAUACAACAUCUCGUUGAGCGGUCACUAUGUCACUUUGUUGCCCACAAUUAAACUGACACAUGUCAUUACUCCUAGUUUGGCCAAGCUUGUACGCAAUCCAUACGAGAAGGUUGUUCAGCAGAAUUUUCAGUGGAAGGCUUUUGCUGCUGCUCUCGAUCCGUUAGAUUUCAAUGAUGAUGAGCGAAGAGAGUCCCCAACUAUAAUGCUCGGCGGAACGCCUCUUGUUCCAAAGAGCCCAAUGGAAAUAUUUUUUGCUAUUACACUUUGCUGUAUCAGCAUAUUUGUUCUCUGUUACACAAUGGUUGUAUUUUAUCGCUGUAUCUGCACGCGUAAUUACGCAGAGUGGCGGUCCAGUUGGCAUGAAUCAGAGGCGACGGUACGCCACAAACAAAUCGAACAGAUACUUGAGGGUGUGCCUACAAAGAUUGUGGGUCACAAGCAUCGUAUCGAGUGCCUUGUUUCUGAUGGAUCGUACAUCAUUAGCUGCUGCUUGAAGGGCCAAAUUAAGGUGUGGGAUGCACGAAGUGGAGAGCAGCUUACAUCGAUAAAUCGUAACGAAAUCCAAUUGGCACAGACACCAGAAGAUACCCAAUCCCUACGUUGCUCGCCCAUCUGGUGUUUGGACUAUUUUGAUAAUCUCAUUGCCGUGGGCUGCGCCAACGGACGCGUUGAGCUGUGGGAGUCACCGGCUGGUGUUCUUAAAUGUGCCUACCAGGAAGAAUCCAAACGUAACCAAGGUAUCACACAUAUACAUUUGAAUGGCGAUCGUGUUAUUGUUGCACGCCUAAAUGGACGCCUGGACUUUUACCGCCUUGAAACAUUUUAUAAAGGCAAACAGAUCGACUGGAACUUUACAGCAGCCUACAGACGCACACAUGUGCGGACGGGCUCAACUGGUAGUUUGGGUCUUUUGUUGCAGCAACAGCGCAAUCAGGAGACUGCAAGUAAGACGACUAAGGAGGAGAUGAAAAUUUCGCUACAGAGCGUACGUUUGGCGCAUCAGCAGCCCAUCACGUGCAUGCAGGUGGCUAACGACAUUGUCUUUACGGGUAGCCAAGACCACACGCUUAAGGUAUAUUGCCUAAGUAAGUCAGAUGUGGAGUACACACUUCAUGGCCACUGUGGGCCAAUUACCUGUCUGUUUGUUGAUCACUGGCAGCCUGGCACCGGCGGCUCUGGCUCGCAGGAUGGCCUUCUCUGCGUUUGGGAUCUCUCCACAGGCGCCUGCUUGUACAAUAUUCGGGCGCACGAUGGCGCCAUUAGCUGCCUUGCCUGUGCGCCUAGCUACGUGAUCUCUUUGGGAACUGACGAACGAAUUUGCGUGUGGGAACGAUUUCAGGGUAACCUACUUACUACAAUAAAUAUAUCGAAUGCUUACUCGAGCUUGUUAAUGCUGACACCGUCGCUGUUGGUUACGAGCAAACUAGGAUCGCUUAUUGUGUGGGAUGUGCGGACAGGUCAGCCAGCACGCGAAGUAAUAUUGGACUUUUCCAAUAUGCAGCUGUGUCCCAAAAUAAUGAUGCUUGCCUGUGAUGCCAUAGUUUGUGACUACGGCAAUGAGAUUCGCGUCGUCCGUUUUCCGAUCGUGUCUGAUAAAUCUAACUAGCAGUUUCAUGAACGAAAAAUAGUUGCAUACUUUUAUUCCACAUUAUGCGAACGACAAACCAAUAAGCUUGAAUUUAUUUUAAACGUUAAUUUUAAGUAAUUUUAAUUUUUCCUUAAUAUGACCGAACUUUUUGAAAAUA